UCUCAUAAAUAUCAUUCACUAAUACAGAAUACAAUUGCAUUAUUGCAAAUCCAUUGUUUGCAGCUGUGUUUCUGUUGCUUAUGUUUUUAACCUAGCCAUAACAUAAGGAUCUGCAGAAAGUUUGGGAAAAAAUAAAAAAAAUGGAGCUGUCAUCAUUGAAUAUUUUCAUGCUGUUUUUCAUCUUGUUUUCAGCUACAUCUACAGCACAAGAUAUUCCUCCUGGCUCAACUCUUUAUGCCUCAAAUCCACAGCAAUCAUGGGCUUCUCCCAAUAAAUCUUUCACUCUUUCCUUCAUUCAACAACCCAAAAAUGUCUACUUUGCUGCCAUCACCUACAACAGUGUUCCUAUCUGGAAAGCUGGUGGUGAUCCGGGUGGCGCUGUCAAUUCCUCAGCCGAGCUGAGGUUUCUGCAAGACGGAAACCUCCAGCUAGUUGUGGUUGUGGGUCCCACGACGUCGUUGGUGUGGCAGUCCAAUACCUCUAGACAAGGUAUCAACUCUGCCUCACUUGACAACUCCGGCAACUUCAUGCUCAAGAGUGGAAAUGUUUCUGUUUGGACAACCUUUGACAAUCCCACUGAUACUAUUGUGCCUGAGCAGAAUUUCACGACUGGAAACGUCUUACGUUGUGGAUUCUACUCUUUUCGCUUGUUGAGUUCAGGUAAAAUAUCUCUGAGAUGGAACAAUUCUGUUGAGUAUUACACAUAUAGAGGGAUCAAUGUGACCAGUGAUUUGAAUGUGAGCUCACCUAGUUUAGCUAUGCAGCCUGAGGGAAUACUGUCCCUUCUCGAUCCGUUGCUCUUGAACAAUGUCUUAAUGGCUCGAGGUAGUGAUUAUGGCGAUUCGAGUGAUGGUAUCCUGAGGUUUGUGAAGUUGGAUUGUGAUGGGAAUAUGAGGAUGUAUAGCUCUGCAUUGAGUGAUGGAGUUGGAAACAGAGUUGUGAGGUGGACUGCUGUGAGUGAUCAGUGUGAGGUUUUCGGGUUCUGUGGAAGCUACGGAGUCUGCAGGUGUGUUGCUUCGAGUUCAAUGGCUGAUGGAACGGGCGCUUGUUAUAUGAAAAGAUCGGAUUUCAUCAGUGGCCACCACUCACCAAUCCUCACCAGCACGUCGUAUGUGAAGGUGUGUGAUCCGGCCCUGCCUAAUCCUCCGUUUUCUUUAAGAAACCAUGAGGGGGGAUCUGCAGGGCUCAAGAUUGGUGUCAUAGUGUUGGGGAGUGGUUUGCUUAUAGUCAUUUUAAUUGGAGUGUUUCUGUGGAUUACAUGUAGAGGUAAGCAAAGUUAUGAGAGUUUGGUAUCUGAGUACUCCUUUUCAGACUAUGCAUCUGGUGUUCCUGUGCAUUUCUCUUACAAGAAGCUCCAGCAGUUGACAAAAGGGUUCGUGGAGAAGCUCGGAGAAGGUGGAUUCGGGUCUGUUUAUAAAGGAGUUUUGUCGAACAAAGUAGUUGUUGCUGUGAAGCAGCUAGAGGGGAUAGGUCAAGGGGAGAAGCAGUUCAGAAUGGAGGUAGCUACAAUUAGUAGCACUCAUCACUUGAAUCUUGUGAGAUUGGUUGGUUUUUGCUCUGAGGGAAAGCAUAGGUUGCUUGUUUAUGAGUUCAUGAAGAAUGGCUCUCUUGACAGCUUUCUCUUUCCCUCGCUGUCAUCGGGUGAGAAGGUGUUGGGUUGGGCUUGUAGAUACAGCAUUGCCUUAGGCACGGCGAAGGGGAUGACGUACCUUCAUGAAGAGUGUCGCGACUGCAUUCUCCACUGCGAUAUAAAGCCAGAGAACAUACUCUUGGAUGAGAACUACAAUGCAAGAAUCUCUGAUUUCGGGCUAGCAAGGCUGUUGAACUUGAAUGAUCAUAAGCAUAGGAGCCUGAUCACGGUGAGGGGAACGAGAGGGUACUUGGCUCCUGAGUGGAUAGCUAACCUUCCGGUGACUUCCAAAGCCGAUGUGUACAGCUAUGGCAUGGUGCUGCUGGAGAUUGUGAGUGGGAGGAGGAACUUUGAGGUCUCUCCUGAGACGAACAACAGAAGGUUCUCGUUGUGGGCAUACGAGGAGUUUGAGAAGGGAAAUGUGGGAGCAGUUGUUGACAGAAGGCUAGUGGAGAGUGAGAUUGAUUUUGUGCAAGCAACGAGGGUGCUGCAGGUGAGCUUCUGGUGCAUUCAAGAACACCCGUCGUUUAGGCCUACGAUGGGGAAGGUUGUGCAGAUGCUUGAAGGGAUUGCUGAUGUGCAGAAACCACCUCCACCCUUGUUCUUGAGUGAUGGAUCAGCUCAAUCUUCUGUUGUGAUUUCAUCAGUUUCGUCGUCCCAAAUGGUGGCUGUUUCAUCAUUGGCUUCGUCCUGAAUGCUCAAGUUUGGGUUGAGAGCUGUGGGGACAUGAUCAUCUUUUGAUUGAACAUCUUGGUUUAGUUUAAUUAUGUAGUUGAUUGCUUAAUCCUGAUUUUCUCCUGUCUGAAGCUGAUAUAGGAUUCUUGGAAUAGUGAGUGCUUGAAUAGAAGAAUUCAAGCAACAAGUGUUUUUUGGACAGUUUAGAUUAAAAGGAGUUUUUAGUGGCCUUUUCCCAUACGUAAUAUGCAGCUAUCGGGUUGCCUCGUCAAAUAGUACUUCAUUCAUAAAAGAGAAUCUUUAUUAGUAAAACAUAUCUAGAGGUUCUUGUAGAAUAUUUUAUAGGGGAGCGUUAGGGUUCUAUUUACCUUUAGUGUUUAUUUCCUUUUUAAUAUUAUCCAUUAGAUUAGAGAUGUGGACGGUCAAGAUGAAGACUAAAUAACUAAUCCUGUGUUGCAUUAUUUGUCUUAAUUUAUUUGUGCAUUAUGAGGGUAUAUGAGUAAAAUUCUACUGGAUGAUACGCGUUUCAAAACGGAAAUAGCGAUAAUUAAGUGGGAUUUUCAAACCUUCCAA